GCUUCGGCUGGAUUUCCGUCCCCGUCGCGCGCCAGGGGCAGGAGCCGGGGAGAAAAGGCUACCCGGGUCUCGCGGCCAGCGAUGUCGCGAGCGGCGCCUCAGGCAGCCUGAGGGAGGAGCCGGAGGAGGAGCUUGAGGGGGGCGCGGGGGAAGCGGGAGAAAAAGCGCCAGCCUAGCAGUCCCCGCGCAGUCAGGCAGCGGCUGCCUCCGAGCCGAGCGAAGCCCCGCUCGCCCUGCGCGCCCUGAGGGAUGAAAGUCGGGAACGAGGGGCGCAGUCCAGAGGUCCGCUCCUGCGAAGAAGACGACGACGACGAGGAGGAGGCGAGAGAAGAGUCCCCUCUCAGAGGGUCUCUCUCGGAAAGGGAGCUCUAGCUGACCGCAUGGGCUGGUGAGCGGACCGCCAGAGAGGGCAAGCGCCGCUUCCCGCCUUUUAAGUUUGCCACUGCUGAGCGGGCAGGAGAGGGACACGCUCGCCAGCGCAUGAGGGGAACCGUCCCGGGGACUCGUGCCAUUUCCACGCAAGGUUGUCUCCCCUGCCCCCCUUGUUCCCUGGGAACAAGAAGGGGCUGGGCUUAGUCCUUGCGAGGUGGAGGAGAGGAAGAGAGAAAAGCCCCUUUCUGAAGAGAAAAGGUUUUCUGUGGGAGGGAAGAGACGGGGCUGCUUCGCUUGCCUGUUGCUUUGUGGAGUUUCGCUUUCCUAGACUGCCCCGAGCAUGGAGCCCCAGCCGCCCGCCCCCACCUCCCUCUACCACAUGAACCACACCUGGGGCUUGUCCUGGCUGGACUCGAAUGCCUCCAGGUCGGCUCCCGAGCGCCCCCUGGAGGAGGGGAGGGCCAGUUUCCUCUUCGAAAUUGGCAUCGAAAACUUCAUGACCUUGAUAGUCUUUGGCCUCAUCUUCAUCCUGGGUGUGGUGGGCAACUCCUUGGUCAUCACCGUGCUGGCCAGGAGCAAGCCGGGCAAGCCCCGCAGCACCACCAACAUCUUUGUCCUCAACCUGAGCAUUGCCGACUUGGCCUAUUUGCUCUUCUGCAUCCCUUUCCAGUCCACAGUGUACAUGUCGCCCAGCUGGGUGCUGGGCACCUUCAUCUGCAAGUUCAUCCACUACUUCUUCACUGUCUCCAUGCUGGUCAGCAUUUUCACGCUCUCGGCAAUGUCUGUGGACCGCUAUGUGGCCAUUGUGCAUUCCCGGCGCUCCUCGUCCCUGCGAGUGUCCCGCAACGCGCUGCUGGGCGUCGGGGUCAUUUGGCUGCUCUCGAUUGCCAUGGCCUCGCCUGUGGCUCACCACCAGCGUAUCGUUCACCAUGAAAUCAUCAACCAGACUUUCUGCUGGGAAGUAUGGCCCAAUCUUCAUCACAAGAAAGUCUACGUGAUCUGCACUUUUGUCUUUGGGUACCUGCUACCACUGCUGCUCAUCUCCUUUUGCUAUGCGAAGGUGAGUGCAGGUGAAUUAGCACAAGUCAUGCCAUAGAUGUGUGUGAGAGGCAGCCAUUCCCAAAGUAUAUAGGGAAAGCAGCCUUGGAGAACAAUGACUUACACAGCAGACUGCACAGUGGUAAAAAAAAGCUUGGACUAAAAUGAAUGUUUAGUGUGCAAUGAAUGUUUAGUGUGACAUUACUGUGCAUAAUCUGUGUUGGCUACAGAUAUAAUUGCACGAUGUUUAACAUACACUAAAAGGUUAAAGGUUGCAUUUGCAAGGACUUUAUUGACCAUGAGGCAGUAGUUCAUGUGCAUAGAGGCUUAAUUAAGUUAUAUAUGGUGUAGUUUUGGUAAGUCAAAGUUGAAAAGUGUCUGGAAUGGUUGCACACCAGAUAAAUUCCAGAUGGUAAGGGCGGGGGGUGAUCUCUUUAUGAUAUUAUAAACUUUAGACUAGUAACUAGAGAUAUAUUUCAGAGGUUACAAUAAGUGUAACUUCCCAUUUCAAACACAUAGUACUCAGCCACAUUGUAUUGAAACUGACUCAAGGCAGAGCCAUACAACCUCGUUAUAUGGCUUCCAUAUGAACUAAAUUGCAGCUGCUUCAAAGAUAGGGCAAAUUACAGUUCUUACCGUACCCUGUGUCAAAAAUAGAGAGGCCCUGAUCCAGAUAACUUUGCAAGCGGCAACAGGCUGUGUGAAUGAAUGCUGCUUCAUAUUGCAGUCUUUUGCUUUAAAAAUCUCAGUGUGAAUGACUUUCUGAGGGGAAAAAAAUAGGGGUUUCCUAAAAUCUGUUCCUGCACAAAGGCACUUCCAGGUGGUGGUUGCACAGUUCCUAUCCAUAAGGCAAUCUGUGAAUUAAAGUGUAAUCUCUUUUGAUAGAUAUCAGUGGAAGUUUUGCUUCUGAGAUGAAGGGUUCAUCCUGACUAUCUGAUUGAGAUAAAAAGAAUCAAUAGAAAUGCUAGAACUAGACGGGACUAAGACAUCAAAUUACAAUUGAUUUGAAACUCCACAUUCUCUUCAUUCUGACAACACAGUGUUUUUGCUUGGAUUUAUAAUCUGGAGGCUUGGAUAGCUUAGUUGGUUGAGAAGGAGGCUCUUAAUCUCAAGGUCCUGGGUUCAAUCCCCAUGUUGGGUAAAAGAUUCCUGCAUUGCAGGGGAUUGGAUUUAGAUGGUCCUCAUGGUCUCUUCCAGAUCUACAAUUCUAUGGUUCUGAGUUGUCUUAAUACAAAAUGGCAAUCCAUUCAUCAUACAACAUUUAUAAUUAAUUGUUACCAUUAGCCAUAGUUUCACUGUUGUAAAUGGUAACAAAUUUUGAAACCAGUUUUUAGUUAGAAAGACUUUGUAUUUAGCCCAGAAUCCCAGUACUUCCAAUAUUUCCAGUACAUCAGAAUCCUUGAAUACUAUAUGCAUGCACUGAUUUACUAGUUUUAUUAAGCAGAAAACAGAUAACAGGAAUGCAAACCAUCACUUUUCAGAAUGCCUACUAGUUAAUUUAUUAUGUGAUCUAUAUGAGGCUGUUGGCAGCACUCAUUAGGAGUUUUAGAGCAAGGUGUCAUGAUGAAAUGCUGCUCUACUUCUCCGUAACAUCAGGAGAGAAUGUGAAAACUCUGGAUUGGUAUCAGUGCAGUGGUGAACUGGAUGAGGGCCAAUAAAUUGCGUGAAUCCUCAAAAGACAGAGGCUGUUUGGGUGGUGGUUUCUGUGUCCAGGAUACAGGGAAUUAUUUGUUCUUGAUGGGGUCACACUGCCUCUGAAGGAGCAAGUGCAUAGCUUGGGAAUAUUCCUGGAUACCAUCAUUAGAUGUCUGAGUGUCCUCUGCGGCCAUGGAGUUCUUCUUAUCAGCUCUACGUGGUUCACUAGCUAUAGCUGUUCUUGGAAAGGGAUAACCUGACUACUGUAGUCCAUGCUUUGGUAACCUUGAGGCUGGAUUACUGUAAUGUGCUCUAUGUGGGGCUGCUCUUGAACCUGAUUUGGAAGCUCCAGCUGCCACAGAGUUUGGUGGCCAGACUGCUGAUGGCAAUGCAUAAUCUCAGUCCCUGAGAUCAUCUGCUGUAGUAUCAUUGGUUGUUAUCCAAGCUGGUAAGGCUCAUUUGACAUCAACACAAAAAAGAGCUUUCUUUCAUCAGUUCUAUCUUGUGGAAUGUACUUCCAAUAUAGAUUCAGCAGAUGCCUUCUGUUUCAAUUUUUAAAAGCCUGCUGAAACCUUUUCUGUUUUGCCAGGCUUAUGCAGGCAGAUAAGAAUGCAUCUUUCCAUAAUAGUUAGCUGAUUAGCUCUUAUUUUAUUUUUUAAUGUGCUUUUAUUAUAUGUAGAUAUUAAAAUGCCUUGAUGUUUUAUUAUAUAGUAGUAUAUAAAUAUUUUGUUAUAAAUAAAUAGUUUUUGUAAGGGAAAUGUCUCCAUAUUCAAUAACAAAAGUGGCAGGGUAAAAUGAUUAAAACCAUUGUUAGGCUGCUUUGAUAGUAUAGGACACAUUAAUUGUCAGAGUAAAAAUGUGACAUUAGCCACAUUCAGGCAUUUUCCCACAUAUAAUGCCUGCACAUAGAGAGAAAGGGGCAAUGAGAGUGCAUUGCUGAUCUUGUUCUGGAUAGCAUGCCUCUUGGACAUCUGUGCAUUGGUGAAGACACUGUAGCUGAUAUGGAGAAUUUUUCUAUGCUGACAUCUGUGUGGACGUCCAGGGAGCUGAUUGCGAAUGGAGCCAGUAGCCUGCUGCCUCCUUCUGUAUGUUCUUCGACAGACAGAAGUGACUCCCAAGUUUGGACAGAGCUGCUAUUCUAGUUUCCUGGUGGGUCAUUCACUGUGGCUUACUGCUCUGGUGAGGCAGUAGGGAGAGUGGCUUGGUGAAAAUGCACCUGCAGAAGUAGCAGAUUGGCUCUGCUGGUGCACUUUCACUGUACCAACCCCACUAUUGAUAAGCAACAUCGACUCACUUGCCAGAAAACUAAUGUGGCCCCCUUCCCCAACCUGGCUUGCCAUUGCUGAUGAAUAGUGAGGUGGUUUGAGUAUUGAACCUGGGAGACCACAUGGCCAUGAAAUUCCCUGCGUGACCUAGGGCCAGUCACAGGAUGGUGUAAGGAUGAAAUAGGGAAGGUAGAACCAUCUAUACCACAUUAUUAGAAAUGUAAUAAUGAGUAAUAAUAGCUAAAUAUAUCAAAAAUGCCUUAAUGGGGCUAACGGCUCUUCUGAUCUUGGUCGCACCUUAUAUGUUGCAAUGUCAAGAGAGGGAGAGUUUAAUCAUGUGCUUAUUUAAACAGUGUUUGGUGAAGCAGUUGUAGGUGAAAUCACUGGUGGCUGCUUCAGGAAUUGGGGACGAGUGGCAUUCUUGCCUGUACCUUUAAGUUGUGGGGGGAUGGAGUGAAGGAAGUGAAUGGUUGCUGACUGAAUAGUCACCACUGGUCCAGCUAUUCAUGAAGUAACUGUGUGCUUGUAUGGUGGAAACUGAGAUUCUCUCUUGCCUCAACAGUCCUCUCCCAGUGCUAAAAUAAAUGCAGGAACCAGCUACCUCUACCCCUGAUUGCCACCAACUGCCUGCUGACACUUUUGCCCAGCAAACUCCCGAAGUGGCUGUCACCAUUCUUAAAUCCCCCCUCCCCAACUGCUCACUCAGGAUGAGUACAAACGUUAAAAGUACUACAGUAAUGGAAGACAUGCAUCACAAUGGGCUUCCUCCCUCUGGAAACCUACCAUUUAAAAGCAACCCUCUGCUCUCAUUUUGUCAAUCAAAUUCUUGUCCAAAUAGAAACAUCUCACAAAAGUUCAACAGAGCAGCUGCUACAUUAUUGUCACACAACCUUGGUACAGCCCACAGAAUUACUAAAGCAUAAUGAGUUACAAUACCUCAGUGUAGUGGUUGUUAUUCCUAGUCUUAGUUUAAUUGUUGGCAUAAGAUAUCCCAAAGUUGGCUGUGUGUAUAAUUGCUUAUAUCACAGCUGCAUAAUUACAGCCUCAGGAGUUAUUAGGGUACAAAUGAAAACACACACUAAAUAAAAUCACUUCUAGCCUGUUGCCUUCUCAAGGGGCAAAGGGUUCUUUUUGGAUUCUAGUGGCAAUAAACAAAACAGGAACUUUGUACUUAAACAGGGAUUGUUUGCUAGAAAAAAAUAGAAAGCAAACCAUAGAAAAUACCAGAUAUCUCAGGGCCCUGUGAGUUGCCGCAGGACAGCAGCACACCCUCCCACUCCUUCAGUCUACAGCUGGCACUGGGAUCUCCGACUAAGCAGGGGCAUGACUGAGUUUAUAUACUUUUAAUGUUUCAAGCUGAAGUCACCAAAACUUUUCCACUCUUCUGGUUGUUGACUUCAAUGCCUGCUGGUGACUUCAACGGCCUGGUUAGUAGCUAAGGGCGAAGGCUUAUUACUCCUGUGCCUAACCUCCUGCCUUGUUGCAGCUGUGCUGCUUCUCUGCCUUCCAGAUGUGGAAGUUGCUGCCAGAUAUCAAGGGAGAGGGGCCAGGCAGCAGAAGAGUCGGUGUGGGCCAGUGUUCCUGCCAUUGUGCCCAUACCACAUCAAUGUCCCUGCCAUCUUGCUCCUCCUUUUCCUCUCCCUCUCAGUAUUGGAUCACUGCAUUGGAUCACUGCCAAGUAAGCAGGAAUUAAUUCACCCAAUGAGAACCCCCCCCAAAAAAAGCCCCUCAUGUUUUUGCCCCACCUCUUUAUAGAUGGAGCGAUUCAAUAAAUGCUGGGGCAUAUCAAUUACAUUCUCCCUGUAAAUACAAUGCCUCUGGUUAUAUGGAAUAUUUUAAAAUCAAAUAAUCAAAUCUAUAAUCUCCAUAGCAAAAAAAAUAUUGCACAAUGAUCUUAAACAGGCCAAUGUUUACUAGAUUACUGUAAUUUUUGUUAGCUUUUUUGGUCGUAACACCACUGAUACAUCCAGCCCAAUGGGAUUCUUCCCAUAAGGUUAAUGGCAUCAAUAAAUUUGACUGAUUUGGGUCUCUAUCACACUCAUUUGUUUCUAAAAAGUUUGGGUGGAGGAUGCUGUGCUCAUUAGAGUGGGAGCUUUCUGACAAAUAAAUUACCUCCUCUGUCACCUGUUCUGUAACAGAUAUGUGAUUAGCUAUUUUCAGACUAUAGCCAUCUAAAAUAUUUUUUUCAAGCAGUUCAUUAAGGCCUCUUGGGAGAAAAGCUUUGUGAACUUUUCUGCUGUUGUUAAACUUUAGACAUUAAAGUUUAUUGCAUUUUUCAUGCAUCUUAAUCCAGAUAAUGUCUGGGAUAUGUCCCUGAAAUACUACGCUCCUUCAGCUCCUAUAAAAAACAAUAGCUGUUUAAUAAAUCUGGCUUCUACUGGAAAGAGAAGCAGCAUUUCGGUAGCCAGCUUCUCCUCAGGAUGUUCAUUUGUCUGGAUAAAUAGUAUUAUUUAAGAACACUUAUGAAUACGAUUUUCACAUAUGCUACUAAAAGUGUCUUUUGCUAUUUGUGUGUGUACUGUGGAUGAAUGACUUUAAAAGAGUCAUUCAAAUAUCACAAAUGGAAUUUUUUUUGUUUUUUUUAAAAGAAAAAAAAUACAAUGAAGUAAAUCCAGAUUAAGUUGGAGGUGGUAAUGUGAAUUGCCAUUUUGAUGCCAACAGAGUUGUGUGGAUGCUGCAAAAAACAUGAUGAACAACAUUUUUCACAAGAAGUACCUGCCUGAAAUUACCCUUGGAUGAUUCAGAAUUGGCCUCAGAAGCUAAAGUAAAGCAUAAUUUCUGAGAGUCUUUGACAUGGAUUUUCACAGGUUUUGCUUCAGUUACAAGAAUGAUUGCACUGUGAUUAAUACUGAAAGAUUAAUGAGGCAAUUUCAGCUCAGUUCAUUCACUUGGCUUUUCAAGGCUGAAAAACGAAUAAAAUAUUAUAAAUUAACAUCUGCUUUUUCUUGUCUCUGAAGAAGUCAUUUUGUACAAAGUGCCUGACCACUGUGGAUUGACUAAACAUUGAUUAUAUAACCUUUCCUGAGCCUCUGGAGUGGCUUUUCAUGAGGUGGAGGCAUCGUUCGAAAUUCGCCAGGUGCAUUUUCCACCUGGUUAUUGGCCACUUGCAACCAAGUGAACUGCCUGGGCACCAGGAUGGUGCUUGAUAUCUCCACCAUCUGGAGGUGCAUGCCUGGAGAUCCUUGGAUCUUGACUGUUUUCACACACUAGCAACAGAUUCUGUAGAAUUCUAUCCAUUAUAUUUUAUCUGCACAAUCAGAAUGGAUUUCAGGAACCAAAAAAUUGUUUUGGAAGAAAAAAAGAUUUUUGAGCCCUCAAAUGGCAACUAGGCAUUCUGUUUUGGCAACUAUAACUCUGGUUUAAGGAGCCAAUUGGUGCUGAGCUUAUAUUUCUGAGUUUCUAACAUUGGUUGGAGGGGAUUGCAACCUGCAAACCAUGCAUCACACAAUAGCAGGUCUAUAAUAGCAGCAGUAGGAAAGUAUUAAAAAAAAAUUGAAUUGAUCUGUUUUAUGUAACAGGUAAGUAAGAGCAAUGCAUUCAUAUAAUUAUCUCUACUGAACAGUUAAGAACAUCCAUGAUUUUAUCAUUAACCCCAAUGAAAAUUAUUGAUAUAUUAAUUUAAAGCAACACUUCCCAUAUACUAAGUGCUAAUGAAGAGGUAUUAUAUGAAACAAGUGGAUGAAACCAUAAUAGCUGCCUUGCAUCAAUCAAUAUUGGCCGUACUUGGGGCUUAAAUCAUGCUUCAACCUCUUAUGAGCUAUUAAUGUAUUUCCACUGAUUGACACUGGACUCACUGAUUGCCUUGGUGAGGAGAACAAGAGCAGGAUGAGAGGGCAUUAGCAAUACUCGCUCACUCCUGUUAUAGCAAGCUGCUGGAAGGAGGAGGGCAGCACUGAACUCCAGGCACCUCUUCUGAUAUCCACUCCAUUGAGUCAAAGUUGACGAUUGUGAUGUGAUGGUCCUCAACAAGAGUGAUCCUGAAGGGGGAGCCACCAAUGGGUACCACACUUUGUGUCACUUGUCAGGAUUGCCAUGUCAGUGAGGCUGCUGCCCCCCUACUUUGGCUGUUGUUAGAUUAAAUGGGUUAGGCAGUUGUCACUGCAGGUAUAGGCGGGUGAUGCUCAGGGUGACAGCAGGGGCCUCCCAAUUUUUGUUUGUGGUGGGAGGUGACUGUGAACCAUGACUUAAGAGUGUAUAACCCCAAGUGAGAGAUGGGGGUUGAGUGGCUAUGAGAGAAGGCGAGAGGAGUUCGCGAGGGAAUGGAUUGAUGGGUGAAUAAGUGACCGUGCUGUACUGAGUAUGUGAAAGACUCUGGGGUGUUUUAUUGCAUUGCUCCUAUCCUGUCUGCAAGGCCAAUUCAAGAGAGCAGCAUUAAGUUACUGUUCCUUACCCACUGGCAAUUAUGCUGUGGGGUUCUGCAAGGCACCGUCUUAUAUACAUCUUAUAUACAGUCAUACCUCGGGUUUACAGCCACUUCAGGUUGUGUUUUUUUGGGUUGCGGACCACCAAAACCCGGAAGUACCAGAAUGGGUUAUUUCCGGGUUUUGGCGGUUGCACAUGCGCAGAAGCGUCGAAUCGCAACCCAUGCGUGCGCAGACGCAAGUUGCGAAUGCUGUGGGUUGUGAACGUGCAUCCCAUACGGAUCACGUUCGCAACCCGAGCGUCCACUGUAUAACAUAUUUAUGAGGCAAUUGGGAUUGGUCCUUUGCCAUAGAUAAGUAUUGAUAAAUUGCCUAUUCAGUAUUGGUUUACUGUCUUCCACCUAUAUAAUACCAGGGUGGAUUUGAUUUAAAUCACUAGUCAUUUAUUUAUUUUUACAGAAAGACUCAUUCUUGCUGGUAUAAUCUUAAUAUUUUCAACCAGAUGGUUUCAUUUUUGGAAUAAUACAUUUUCAGAGUAGUUUUUACAGUUCUAUCAAAAAUUACUGAUUUGGUUAUACUAUUAGAAAUACAUAGACAGAUAAUCAUGAAAUUAUUGUGAGGUUUAAUAAGUUAAUUGUUUAUAUUUGGACAACUUUUCUGCUGUACUUUAUUGGAAGGAGAAAAAUAAUCUUUUCCUUAAUAACAAUUUAAACAAUUUAUUUAACUAAAACAAUAACAUUGUUAACUGAUGUGGCUAAACAAUUAAAAAGAAACAAAAAACUUAGACUUAGUUUUAGCACACAUGAAAAAUUUAAAACAAAUCCUUAUUUCAUGAUGAAUACCCUUUGGACUAUAAUGUAACUUAAAUAGAAAACUAUCUUUAGAAAGAUUUUUCCUCCAGAAGCAUUUUAUUUUAAAAAUCCAAUUUAAAUUUUUAAAAAUCUGAUUUAAAUAAAAAACAACUGUUUUUUUUAUUUUUAUUUUUUAAAAUUGUUGAUUUUUAUCCACCCUGUUUAAUACCAAAUUACACUUAGACAUAGAUGUUUAUAAUACCAUCAGCAAAAUAAAAUAAUCUAGACUGGUUUAUCACAUUUCUCUCUGUCCAUCUUCCCUCACUGGACAUUUUCUUACAUUUAUACCCACCUUUCUUCUAUAAAUGUGGCAUUAAUGUGGUUUCUAAGAGGUAUCCUAUACAGACACUGACCAGACACAUAUCUACUUCGCUUCAGCAAGAUGAUAGCCUCAUCUGCAUUCAGACCAUACCCUGGAACUAGCUAUUUGUUCCCUACCUUUUACGUGUGGAAGGGAUUGAUCGUAUAUUUGGUGAUAAACUACUUCAAACAUUUGGGUGAUAAAGUAAAACAUAUUCUUUCAUAUUGCAUUGUUAAAAUACGCUACGCCAAAUACAACCAAAUAUAUCUGUAGUUUAAAUCUCUUUUGGUCUGUGAUGCUCUCAUGCUCUAACGUAAGAGAUUUUUCCAGCCUUAUCUUGAAGGAAAGCUUUUUGCAAAGAACUGUAAUUUAAUUCAGCAAUAUAACUAUUGCAGUUUAUAUUGCUUACGUGAAUUUCCAGGAAUAUUGUUUCUGAAAUCUUGUUAUAGAAACCAUGUAUAGGCAAUUUAUAGGCAAAAUUGGCGAGAACCCAAGUAUCCACAUGGUACUAGAUGCAAAAGAAAUAAAGGUUUAGAUCUAGAAUAUCUUUAUUCUAAUAUAUGUUUUUCACCUCUACAUCUAGUAGAAGGGCAGUAAUGGGGGGAGGGAAUAAAAAUAAAAUUAAUGGACCAAUGAUAACCUGUGUGUAUUUUAAACUGGAAUUCAUGGGGGGCUCAGGAAAGCCUAAUUUAUUUUAUGAAGUAAAAUACUGUAUUGCAGAGAGCUGAUAAUCUAUUAAAUGUACUACUAUGCCAAUAGUCUGGUCAAAUACACAUUGUGACUAAAACAGAUGUACUGUAUUGCUAAAUGGUUAGCCAUGCAUAGUAUAUCGUAGCAAAAACAAAAGAGUCUGUUGGCACCUUAAAGAUGGGCAGAUACGUACAGCAAUCCAAACUGAAGGGAGAGCUAGUAGCAAAGUGAUGGAUGAUCCAUUAUCCCCAGCAUGUGAUGGUUAAUACAGAAGAUGGAAGCCCUCCUCCUUCUCUGGCAGUUCUUUAUACAGUGGUACCUCGGGUUACAGACACUUAAGGUUACAGACUCCACUAACCCAGAAAUAGUACCUUGGGUUAAGAACUUUGUUUCAGGAUGAGAACAGAAAUUGUGUGGCGGCGGCGCAGCAGCAGCGGGAAGCCCCAUUAGCUAAAGAGGUACCUCAGGUUUCAGGUUAAGAAUGGACCUCCAGAACAAAUUAAGUUCUUAACCCGAGGUACCACUGUACAUUUUUUUAAUCCCCCCAAUGGUUUCCAUGGAAGGGAAUAAACUAUGUAAGAUGUAGCUGUAAAACACUGCCAGUGGCAGAUCUAUGACCAUGGAGUGUGGAUGUAAGUGCAGUGGCAGAGAGGCACUUUCCCUCUGUCUUAAUCUCCUCCAGCUAGCAAAUGCAAGGAAUUCAAAUUUCUCUCUUGACAUAUUUAUUGUGUGGCAUGACCUUUUGUGGGCUAGAGUCCACUUUAUCAGAUGCUUGAAUAGCUUUACUCAUGGUGACAUCUAUAUGUAUAUAUACAGGGUGAGUCUUUUAAAAGAGGACCCAUGGAACAUGUGUACUCUGUAUCCACGGGGCCUCUUUUAAAGGACUCACCCUGUGUAUUAGUGUAGAAAAGCUGCCUGGGCAUUAAGCAGUAAUGGUGAUAGUGAUGAUUAAUAAUAAUAAUAAUAGAAGAGAUGCAAAACGUGAGGCCAAGAGGCAAUGAAAUGCAAGUAUAGUCUGGUGUUUCUAUGUCAAACUCACACAAGCAUCCUGUAUAAAGCUCUUUUAUACAUUUCAUCUUUUGAUGGAAUAUCACAGACUGCACUUCCUGUAUUUCAUAGUCGUUUGAGUUGAAGGUACACAGCUGUCCCCUUCCCUGCCCUGCCCAUGUAUAAAUUAUAUAUCAUGAUGCAACUCACUACACAAAGAAUCCACCUAAAAGGAAUAGAUUUAGAUGCAUAAAAAUAUCAAUGGAAAACAGUAAUCUAAGGAAGGGAUGGUGCAUUCUUACUUAAAUUACACUUUUUCAGUUUAACUUAAUUGUUGGGAUUUUUUUUUUUUAUGUGUUGGAUAUUGUAGCACAUUUGCUUUAGCUCAUUUCCACUCUUCCCUUUUUCCCCUUUGGACCAUAUUGUAAUCCAUUAUAAUCCCCUGAUUAGGAAUACAUAUAAAAAGAAACAGAGAGCUCAUCUCUUACUGUUGCAUUAAUUUGGCGGUUCUGCCUCACCCACACUUGAGCUUUUGUAGCUUUUCCCCCCAAAUAUUUGGAAGCUGUAAAGAACAAAUGUGUUCAUAACUGCCCCUGAUGAUGUGAUUGUUUAUGUUGGUAUUUGAAAUCUGGUAUUUGAAAGCUGGUAUUUGAAAAGUUUAAAAGCUUUGAUUGUAAAAACCUAUCAAUGUAACAUUGUGAAUGUAGUAAAUAUUUUUCACCAGGUACUUAUUAGAUGCAAAACUCAGCAUGCAUCCUUUCUAACUAGACGUGAAUAGGAUGCAUGCUGAGUUUUGCAUCUAAUAAGUAUCUGAAUUGAAUGGGGUUUAUUCCCAGGUAGGCGAGUGUUAGAGUUAUUUGAGUGAAAUUUUCCAAUCUGGACCUUGUGCAGAGUAGGAAUGAAAAAACUCCACUACAACAAUGAGUUCCAAAAACUUUUACUGCAAAACUAUUUUGUAGCUCUAAACAAACUAGACAUUCAGUGUGUUGGUGAGGGGGAGUUAUUGGGUUAUUUUUGUUUUUAUUAUGUAUUUGUCUUUCUAUAUUGCGCUUUUAUGUUGUAACUACCCUGAGUUCUGCAGAUGAAGGGUGGUAUAUAAAUUUGAUUUAAUCAUCAUCAUCAUCUUUUCAGGUUCUCAAUCACCUGCAUAAAAAACUGCGGAACAUAUCAAAGAAGUCAGAAGCAUCCAAAAAGAAGGUAAAUAAAUAGCUUUCCUUUACCAAACUAUAUUAGUAAAUUUAGAAAGAAAAUGUGAUGAUUCAGUAUUUUGUGACAGAUACCAGCACAUUUCAGGAACCAGCAGAUCUUACUAAAUAAUCUAAUAAAUAUUUAGGACUAUGGAAAAGAAAUCAUUUUUUAACAUACCCCCUCCCCAUUUUUAUUUAUUUAAUGCAGAUAUACCAGUGAUUUUAUCUAUUCUAACAAAUCAAGGCCAAUGAGCAAUCAUACAAUAAAACAAUAUUUCCUGUGCAGGUGGAAAUGGCCUCCUUGUAUUCUUUGCCUUAUCUCGGGAAAGACUUCCCAUGCAAUGAGGAACAGGCAGUCUUACUGUAGCAGCCUUGACCUAAUUGACCGUGGUCCCUCAUUCGUCCCGCACUUGCCUUGUGCUGUUUUUGUACAUUUAUACUAUGUAUGCACAAAGAACAAAGCCAAAAUAAUUAAAGGGCCGGAAACAUAAUGAUGGCAGAACAGGAAAGCCACACUAGCAAUACUUGUGCAUUUAAACCCUCCACACAAAUAAAAGCAUGAAGGGGAAAAGAGCGAGAAUGAGAAUGCUAGCUCUGCUACCAGUCCACUCCCUCUGUUAGCUGGAUGGCUAAAUAGCUGCAUUAGGCAGUCUUCUCUAUUUGUGUUAUGCAUGGCUCUAAAUUGCAUGGGAGGUCUGUACAAGUGCAGAAGGAGGAUACAGUGGAGGAGGGGCCAAUAGGCUAAUCUUAGCUUUCCCUUCGCAUACUUCUAAUUGCAUGAGGGAUAAAUAACUGAAGAGGGUUUUGCUCAUAAGUAGAUCUGCUUCUGCAGUUAUCAGGUCAGGUAGAUGCUUUUGCAGAUCGAUGCUUAAGAGUACAAGCCUAUGCAGGUCUACUCAGAAGGAAGAAAUACGCUUCAAUGGGACUUGUUCCUGGAGUGUAUAUGAUUGCAGCCACUUGAAACAGAAGGCUGCACUGCUCUUCAGGGAGCCAAAUAGCUGUGGGUUAAACCACAGAGCCUAGGACUUGCCGAUCAGAAGGAUGGCAGUUGGAAUCCCCGCGACGGGGUGUGCUCCCGUUGCUCGGUCCCUGCUCCUGCCAACCUAGCAGUUCGAAACCACAUCAAAGUGCAAGUAGAUAAAUAGGUACUGCUCUGGCGGGAAGGUAAACGGCGUUUCCGUGCACUGCUCUGGUUGGCCAGAAGCAGCUUAGUCAUGCUGGCCACAUGACCCGGAAGCUGUACGCCGGCUCCCUCGGCCAGUAAAGUGAGAUGAGCACCGCAACCCCAGUCGGUCACAACUGGACCUAAUGGGCAGGGGUCCCUUUACCUUUACCUUAAGCAUCCUAAUAAGUUAUGUUGAGUAGUAGGCAGACAGUCUACUCACAGGCACACCAUCUACUCAUGAGUAAAUGACAUAGCUUAGCAACUUGAGUCACUUUGAAGUGAGAUAAGUAUGUUUAAUUUUUUAAUUGGAUUUUCAAACAUAUAAGAACAAAAAAAAGGAACAUCGUGUAUUUAUGUUGCACAUACAACAUAAAUAAGACGUUAGAAAUGCAUUUCAUUUUUUUUGGCCAUUAUUAUAUUUCAUGUACUUUGAUUUUCUAAGGAGAAUACCUAAGACAUAAAUAAAUAAAGAAGAGCUAUCUUGUAUGUCUCCUUGGCUGCACAUUAUACCAAUAAUGUCACAAAGGCUUCUGAGAUAUAAUGGAAUAAGAUGUAGCAAGGGAUUUUCAGGCCAUUAUGUAAAAUGACUCUAGCCAAAGGAACCAUCUGUUAUAAAUAUGACAGAUUUAAGAGGUAGAGGGUCAAAUCCUGCCAACAGUUACGUCUGAGGUUACUUGAGCAUAACAUAAUGAGCUUCAUAUUUUUUAUCAAACAAGGGCAAAUGAAGCAUACUUGUUAGAUAAUGAUAUAUGACAGGAGCUAUAAUUUGUUUUAGUCAGAUUCAAGGACAGAAGGAUUUGGUUUUUUAUGUUAACAUAAAGUGAUAUAAACUCCCCCCCCACCUCUCAUUGAAAAUAUGUAUGACAAAUGUAGUAUUUCAGAUUUUGAUUAAGAUUUUUUUUCUUACCAUUUAUAUCAAGACAGACAGCCAGAAUUUUGUCCCAAAUAAGUCAUUUAUUUCAUGUGCCAUGGAAAAUCAACUGGUUGCUGUGUCACACAACAGCUGUAUUUUGGGCAUAUUGUUAUCUUACUAUCACAAUAUAUAACAGCAGUGAUCUCAGUUCUCUGAGUGCAUGUGCUUAUGUAGACCAAACAACACCAUCAAUAUGCAAAAAGACAUGGGGGUGGGUGGGGGAGAUGGAAAAUCGGGGUGGGAGAGGGAAUGAAAUGAAGUGUCUGAGAUAUUGAACAUUAGAAAUACACAUUGCACUUUUUUCUGAUCACAGAUGUCCCCCUGUUUAUGAUGCUUAGGCAAAAUGGCACCUCUCAGACAUCUUGAUAUUAGCUGCCUUGGAGAGAUCUCAAGAUAUGCAGAAGUAAAAAAAAAUUUUUUGAAGGAAAAUCUAAGUGCUUGUAUGGCCCGAGUCUCAUUUGUUUAAUUCCCGUAAGCUACUUUUUGGAAACUUGAAUAACAUCUGUCAACGUUUACUGUACCUCUCCCCCUUUUCAUUGCUUUUCAAGCCUAUAUUGUAAGUCUGCUUGUUCAGUUGUUAAGAAAUAAUCCACACUUUAACUUUUCUGUCUCAGACAGCACAAACAGUCCUGGUGGUCGUAGUGGUUUUUGGGAUAUCCUGGCUGCCCCAUCAUGUUGUACAUCUCUGGGCUGAAUUUGGAGAUUUCCCACUGACUCAAGCCUCGUUUAUCUUCAGAGUGGCAGCGCAUUGCCUGGCUUAUAGCAAUUCUUCUGUGAAUCCUAUUGUAUAUGCAUUCCUCUCUGAGAAUUUUAGGAAGGCCUAUAAGCAAGUGUUCAAAUGUCACAUUGGUAGCAAAUCACCUCUGAAUGAAGGUAAAGAAAAUCAUAUUGACACACCACCAUCUACUAAUUCAACACAUGUGUGAACAACACUAAUAAUGUCUUUAUUUGCAAUGACAGGUUUUCAUAUACGUAGACCUACUUCAGAUAAAAAGCACAAGUGCUCCAAAACUUUAUGUUGGCAAUUGGUAGUCAGCUUAUUGAAGUUCUGUUUGUAAUAACAGCUUCUGGAGGAAAAGGUUUGAUGCGAGAAAAUCUGGGUUCAUAUGGAAAGCACUCUAAUAUUCUUUUUCUGGAAUGCUUUUCAAAUGAAGAGUAUCUUAGUUAUUUUAAAAUUAUGCCAGAAAAGUAAAUCAGAAACCUGCUAUACAUUUAGAAGGGUGUUUAUUUCUACCUAUUAUAAUGUUUUGCUCAUAUACAAACAAAUGCAUUUUUUAAAAAAUCACUAAAGCUGCAAUCCUAACUGUACUUACCUAGGAGUAAGCUCCGUUGAAUGUGGUAGGACUUAAUUUUGAGUGGUCAUGGUUAGAAUUACACCAUAAACUAUUAUUUCUCAAAAUGUGACCUUUUGCAAGGAAAUAGGAUACAAAUCUCAGGCACCUGAGGAUAAAAGUGAAAUGUGCUUCAAAGCUUAUCUGUCCAAACUGUGCAGUAGGUCCAUGUAAUUUAUACCACAUUUACACAAUCAGCCAGAGAUUGUCCAGUGUAAGAUUACUGCCCACUUAGAACAGCUGCUUCACAAAUGGAAUAUAUUGUGGUGUUUAGAUGUUCAUGGUUAAUAAAGCCAGAUUUGCUGCUCAGCUUUCUGUAUAUGAAAACCUGCAUAGGAUUCCCUGGUGUGUAGAUAAUGAAAGAAUAUCAGGCAGACAGAAUCUAGUUUCCAAAUUUUGUCAGGUGCUUCCUAUGGAAAUAGCCAUAAUGGCGGCAAAUUUCAGAUACCCCUUCUCAUGCUACUCUGGCUAUUAAGAAUCUAACAAAUGAGAAUCCACAUUUUGAUACAGGGAGUUGGUUCGUAUGUAAUGCUAAGACAAACUGUGGCUUGGCAUGAACACAGGUUCACACUUGACUUAGCAUGUUGUUCAAAUCCCGGCUCAUGGCUUGUCUUACUCCAGGCAAACCUUGAGCUGUAACUAUGAUAUGUUCUUAGGUAACAGCUCAUGUUUUGUCUGGAGAAGACAAACCACAAGCCUGGGUUCAAACAGCACACUAAGUCAAAGAAUGGCUUAGCAGUGUGAUUGCUGGGGGAGGAAUGCAGGAUCCACAGUUCCCUCUCUAGUAAUCCUCACAUUUACGCUAAUUAAUCGUUUGGUUAAGCAUUACAUGUGAACCUGCUGUAUAUGCAUUUCUAUAUCAAGAUACAAUAUUGAUAGUAUUAGUCACAACACCCGAUGGAAGCUGAACGCUACUAUUUCUUCACUGAUAACUCUAGAUUGUUAAUGAAAAUUUUAAAUUAAAAUUGAAUUCCAAUAACUUUUUCAGCUGUUUAUGAAAUGUGAAAUCUAAUUUCAUGCACAGAAGCAAAUUUAAUUAUUUACUAACUGUAUACCCAACUUUUUGGUUUGGGUCAAAGGUAACAACUUGUGGUUUAUGAGUAAAGUAUAAUUCUUCUUCAUAUCUUUUGCUGUUUGCACAAACUGUACAACAUAAAUACAAAAUACAGUAGGUGAAUUUGGAUUAGUAGCUGUAAUAGUGAUUGAGGUGAAAGCCAUCAUAGGCCAUGGUGAACUGUCUUUUCUUUAGCAUGAUGAUUACUUUUUUCCUUUUAUUAGUAUGAUGGCUUUAAGUACUCUGACUUCUUAGAAAAAAGGACAAGAUCACACUUCAUCUCUGCCAGGCUCAAAUCAGUUUUCUUAAUAGUUUUGAGUUGCAAAGCUAUAAAGCCAAUUAGAAUCAACAUAUUUAAUUUGGAACCUGCUCUUAACAAUACUGUUCUUCCCCCAAGUGUACUCCACAUACCCAGAAUGAAUACAUUAAAAAAAUCUGAACUCCUUGAAAAAAACCUUGUUUUGGAGAGCCAUGGAAAGUCCAUGGAAAUUUUGCCCAAUCUUCUACACACAAUUGGUUCCAGUGAUGCUGCUAAUUGAAGCAGUUCACUCAAACUACAAGCCCAAUGCAUUUAUUCAGUCACCUCUAGUUCUCGAUCACAUUUUUCUUAUAAUGUUGCCCCAUUUUUGCUCCCAGCUCUGUAUUUGGAGGGAUUCGACUGCCACUCAAAUCUUAGGGGAAAAGUUGACUGAUGCUUUGGAGAGCCUCCUGCUUCCUGCCUUCCUCAAAAUUAGCCAAAGCAUGCCUGCCAAUAGCUUUUUAAAAAACCAGCAGCUAAAUGGGCUAUCACAAAUGUCACCUCCCUUUUCCCUAUAAUUCAAGCACUGAAUGUGACAGCAAUGAAGAAAAUUGAACAGUGCUUCCUGAGUGACUUGACAUUUUGUUCUGUAGGAUUAUUAUUGUUAUUUUUUUUAUUAGCUAAUUAAGAGUGUGUCUUGCAUUUAAUAGUUUACUUGCAGCCUACUCCCAGAAGAUCCUUCAUCCUUUAUGGUGCUAUAUGAACUGUUUGAGGCUUAUGCAAGGGGCUUACUGCGACUAGUUUAAUUUUCUUAAAACCCUCCAGAAGGACACAAACCACUUCACAAACGGCUUCAACACUGUUCAGUUUGCCAUGUGACAUUGGUGAGAUGGGAUUGUGUCAAUUAUAUAAAAUAAGAUUAUUUGGGGGCUCAUUGAAUUAAUUACAAAGUUGUUUGUAUCAUAACCUUCCUAUAUAUAUAUUUACAAAUUGACAAAAACACCUAUGAAAGCAUAAAACAUGGGCCUUCUUAUGGGCAAACGUGCAUAAGAGAAAUGGAAAUCUUUGACAACAACAUGAUAACCACAUUGCACUGAAAUCUGAAUAUUUAAAUAAUGGGAGCUAUCCUACUGAAUAUAUUCAUUUUUAAGUAGGAUGAGAGUCAUGAAGCCAUGAUUUGAUAUAACGGUUUAAUUUGGCGUCUACCAGCCUUUCUGGUUGCAAUUGUGUUUUAUAGAGGCACAGGGCACAUCUUUUUACAUUCCAUGGUCUGCGAAACAGAAUAAUGGUUGUCCUGUGAAACCCUAUCAAGUCAUGGAACACUUUCUUUAACAUAUGCAAUUGCUUAGACUGAGUAUGAAGGCUCAGGUCAGUUUUGUGGGACUGAAGGUUUGAGUGUGUGGGCUUGCAACCCUUUGAACACUGUGCCACUUGUCCACUCCAACUACCAUACCAUCAUCACUGUUUUGAAUGUAGCGUACAAUAUGUUCCAGAAGAUUUGGAGUGAUGGUGAUGGAUUGGCCAAAAUAUGAACUGCAGCAGGGACAGUUCCAAAACUGUAAGCAUAGCACUAAUGUUUGCACAUCAGUUUCAUGCACUUUACUUUUACUGUUACUUAUACACAGACUACACAGAGAAACCUCUUAAGAUUCUUGUGCAGGGUUAUAUGCUGCCUUUUUCAAUAAGAAAAGACCACUCAUUAUUACCAAUUCACUGAUGCAUUCAGCUGCAAGAGCUUAGUGUUGUUAGCCCAUGUAAAAUAAUAAUAACGAAUAGGCCAAAUGAAUUUUCAUAAUCCUCAAUUGGAUUAAGAAGUUUCUGAGUGAUGAGUGAUGCAGCAUGAAUGUCAUCUGAAGAUUUUUAUUCACUCAUUCAUUAAUAAUUCACAGCACAAUAAAAAAAAUAUAUAUUCUGAAAGCUUUUCUUAUGUAAGACUUUAAUUGAAGUGAACUACUGUCUGUCAAUAUUGGAAAUGAAGUGUGAACAGAACUGGCUGGAAUUUUAAUAGACAAGUAGAUUUCCAGAAAAAAGGUAUUUUUUCCAGGGCUAGGAAAGCAUAACUGAAAGGCAAAUCUACCUUCAAUUUUUGCACAAGCUUAGUAUUUUGGUUGUUCAAAGCAGUAAUGCAGUCUCCUGUGUAUUUUAGUCAUUAAGGAAUGACCAUUAUGUCACAACUAGGUUACAUUAUGUGUCCAUUAGCUGCAACUAUGGUAGCACUGAGCACAUAUGCCUGUUCCAUCAUCACAAGACGUAGACAGGAAAUUUGGCCUGGGGAAGCAUCCAAAACAAAGUCAUGUCAAAAGACUUAUGUCAUAAUUCUGUGCAUGCUUAUGGGGAAGUUCAAUUGGGCUUACUCCUAGCCAGGUGUACAUAGAACUGUAGCUUGAGUCUGGAACCCAAAGCAGGGAGGGAGGGAGUAAGCUCCAUUAAAUACAGUGGAGCUUUCUUCAACUCCAAGGAUUGCAUAGACCUCAGUAAAGACUAAUAAUAAUAAUAAUAAUAAUAAUAAUAAUAAUAAUAAUAAUUUUUUAUUUAUACCCCGCCCUCCCCAGCCAAGACCAGGCUCAGGGCGGCUAACAACCAAUAAUAAAAAAAGUUGAUUAAAAUACAAUUUAAAAUAUUAAGAUACAACAUUAAAACAUUAGGAUGCAGCCUCUUCACAGGAGGAGAAAGGAAAAAGAAAGAGGGGGAGGGGGAGGGAAUCUAACUGAUUCUAAGCCAAAGGCCAGGUGGAACAACUCUGUCUUACAUUAGAUCAGGGAGAAUGACUGUCUCUAUAGUCUCAUUAUCAACUCAAUUAUUAUUUUUAUAGGAGGAAAGCAGCCCAGGAAGAGCUGCCAUUUUCUACUAAUCAUAGUUACCUGUAUGUAUUUGUAGAACAGGGUUUCCCACACUUGGGUCUCUAGCUGUUUUUGGACUACAGUUCCCAUCAUCCCUGACCACUUGUCCUGCUAGCUAGGGAUGAUGGGAGUUGUAGUCCAAAAACAGCUGGAGACCCAAGUGUGGGAAACCCUGUUAUAGAAUGAGGUAAGAAAUGAUAUAUCAGGGUUGGCAUUGGUACCUUGUGUCUUUGGGCAGCUGCCCAGGGUCUAGCAGCCUGGCAAGGCUGACUGUUGGUGCCUGACCCCUCUUUAAGUCUAGCCACCAUUUUAAUUUCCCACAGGGUCUAUGACGUAGCUUUGUAUUGCGGUAGAUAUUCUGCUGUGAGAUAUUCUCCCGGGCCUUUUCAAAUCUGUGGCCAGCCUGCACUGAUUUGGGUGAGGGGGGCUGUUUCUUUUCUAAUGCCAUUUUGGGAUUAGUUCUCCAGUGCACAGAUCCUCACAUGCAGCAACAAGCUGGAUGCAUCCGUACAAAAUAAUCUCUGCGCAAUCACCUGUGGAAUAGAUUAUGGAUGUUGGCUUGUGGCGGCCAUCAUCCUUCAUCAUCUCGAGCCAUUCAGGUGAAAGAAACAAAUUGCUUUAUGGCCAUCAUUCAGUUUUAGACAACUCUGAAAUAUUUAUUUUCACACUUCUGCAUCUGAUAACCUGUACAAGGAAAAUAUUUCCAAGAAGCGAUACAAUAAAUCGGUGAAAGGGGGAAGCAUUAUACAUUAACUCUCAUGCAUGCAGCUUCCUCUUCCCUUUCCUCCCUCCAGCUGAAAGCCUAGCAAGGUACCUGGCCACUCCUUUGAAUAGGUGUGGGUGGUUCUCGAUGCUGACUUUUCAUAUGUAGAUCUAACCAUUCUACUCCUUGCCAGGGCUGUGUAUGCAGUUAAUGCUCCAGACUUCAUCGUUAUUACUGGGGUGGAUCCGGACUAAAUUAGUUGCACUUUGUUCCCAUUGAGGAUGGAUUUAAUCAUGACUUGACUUAAACGGUUUGAUUUCUGCGGGUCCCAAUUUCAACUAACUUUAGCCUGCAAUCCUAAAUACACUUACCUGGGAGUAAGUACCAGUGAGCACAGUGGAAAUUACUUUAUGCCUUUGGAGUUAUUAUCUCCCAACCCAGUUUAAUUCUUUUUAAAAUUAAUGAAUGUUGCCAUUUGUAAGAGAUGCACUGUUGUCGUUUUUUAAAGUAUUUCCACGAAGAACUAUUACUUUAAAUAUAUAACCAGAGUAUGGGAAAAUGAAUGUACAGUUAUAACCUUAUGAAUGUAUUCAUCAUUUUAUGAUUUUAUAGUUAACAGCUGCUCAAGACUCUGCUCUCUUUACAUAUUAUUAAAACAUAUACAUACAUUUUCAAUCAAUGAAGUGGAAAGGAUUUUCUAAGACUGCAAUAUUAAUAGUGAGAGCAGGAAGUAAAACAUGUAACUAUAUUUGCUACCUUGAAAUAAUGUUGAAUGUAUUUGACCUGUGUGAGUUUCAGGUUUUCAAAUAUGAAUGUAACAUUUGAAUAAUCUGUAUUUCCACAGAUAGUGUAACACAAAAGUUGCUUUAUACUGUGUUUGCAUCACAUCAUUAUAUUUAUAAUGCC